CCCAGCCCCAGCCGGACCCGCCGCGUCAUCCCCGAUUGGGUGGGCGACUUGGGCGAGUCCAUCGGCCCCGUCGACUACGGCUGCGUGCGCCGGUGCCGUCACCGCCGCCUCGCCACCUACCUCUGGCUCCACGGCUUCCGCGACGCCCUGCGAGGGCUGCUCAACGAGACGGACGCGUACAUGAGCGUCAUCCACCUGUCGCGGCUGGUACAGCAGGGGCUGUGGGACGACGUCGUCGCCUACGUCUCCCGCUUCCUCCGCCCGGUCUCGCACCCGCAGAGCGACGAGGCACAGGUGCUCCUCCACUUCCUCAAGCACCACGCCGCCUUCGCCAGCAUGGUCGACGGCGUGCCCGACCGCAACCUCACCUACUUCAACCGCAAGUACAACACACGGUACCUCAAGCACGACGACUCCGUCUCCCACGACGCCCUCCGGAUCCGCUCCAUCGUCCUCUCCAUUCUCCACUCGGAACAAGUCAGGUCCUCCCUGGACUGGGAGCGCGUUCGUUGGAAGGCCUCUCAAAUCGUCAAACACUUGGCUUACAAGGCUCGUGAGUUGAAAGCCCUGGUCAUAUUGCCGGCCGGCUCAAUGAUGCCACACGAUGUACUUCCCAUCGGAUUCAGGUACCGUCGGAGGCGGCACGUCAAGGAACAAGACCUGCCACGACCUAAAACACUGGCCAAGAUCUUUCUUAGGACCAAGAAGAGGCUGCCUUCGUCAACUCGCAGUCAUGACAUAAACAGGGGAUUGACAGACAAGACAAGGAAGUGGCACGCAGAUCUUAUUGAUGAAAGCUUGCAAGCUGGUCUGGAACUUCAAUCAAGUGGGAAGGAAGGUGUUCCUGACGCUCCAGUGUUGAACACCAUGUCUGGUACCGCAACACAUCUUACUAAAAAUUCUGAGGCCUCGUCAUUGACAAAUGCAGGUGCUCCUGUUGCUCCAGCUUCGCAGACUAUGUUCGGCAUCUUGACAACAUGUGCGGAAGUAUUUGGUAUCUCAUCAGUGACAAAUCCAGGUGCUCUUGCUGCUUCAAUCUCGCAGACAGUGAAGUUGACAGACAGUGCUCAGAACACUGGAAUCGCAUCAGUGACAAAUGCAGGCAUCUGAAGCUGGAGGCAUGCAUAUGGAUGGAGUCUAGGCUAGUCAGGCUGGGGUGGUCCUUGUGGACUUGUUGGUUGAAGAUGGAGAGAGACGCUGGAAGGAGUUGCUCUAAUUUGUUGCUUAUAGGUCUUGACAGUGAUGAGUUAUAUGUCCGAAAAUCAGCGGCAAAUGUAUGCAUGCAUGUGAUAUAUCAUGAAGUAUAUAAAAUGUAUUUCUGGAUAAAUAGAUAUGUUAUUUGUUUCUUUGGGAUUAA